CUCUCUGUCUUGCCUCUUAUUACAAAACCUUUCGCUGAUCGUGACACCACUCUCUUCCCUCACUCUUUGUUCUUCAACUCUCAAGCAUCGCACUGUGCUUGAGAGACAAUUUCUCCUCUCUUUUUUUUGUUUCAUCCUAAAAAAAAAGAACAAGAGAGAAAGCAAUUAGAAGAAGAGUGAAAAAACAAUAAUGGCGGGUGAUGAUGAUGAUCCAAAACCAUCCGCUCUUGAAAGAAACAACGCGGAUGAAGAAGACCCGUACAUUAAUGAUCCGUUGGAUGAGUUCAAGGGGUUUACGGACGAAGACAUUCAAAAUGUCAUGGCCGAUUUCAACCCUACUCUGAUGGACAUAUCCUUCACGGAAAACACGCAUCCUCCUUCUAUGUCUCUUCCAUUACCCACGGACGUUGACCAAACUCAGUUGAUGCACGAGCUUGAUCUUUCUAUCACAGAUUACGAUAUCAACGAUGAGUUUGAUGGAAUGUCGUCUUUCCUCGACGAUGAUUAUACCAUAUCUUGGGACAUGUUCGAACCCCUAAAUGAUGAUCCUAAUGGAAACAUCAACAAUGAUGUCCCACAAGAGACUCGUAAUGUUGUUGAAACUACAAGACUUGAAGUGAGUAUUAGAGUUUUCGGUGAUGCUAAUGGUCCAAACUUUGAAACUGGCGGUCCAUCCACAGUGCAUGUCCCGAGAAUCGCUGAUCGAAUGUUCGUAGUACCUGAUGAAAACUCCGUAUGCCCUUGUUGCACAAUGCUUCGAGAACUAGUCCAUGUCAAGGAACGAGAAAUAAGGAAUACCCUCAUCAUCUUUGGAGGGAUUGGUUUCUUAUGCCAUGCGCUUCUCCUGACUCAACUUCUUGCUUCUGAUCCGAUGGAACCUCCACCUCAACCUCAACCUCAACCUCUACGAUAUUAUCUACACGAUUUAACGAUGGAGGAAGUAAAGAAUAUUAUAGAAGAUUAUUGCUCCGAGAGAGUAGCAAGCGGGUUAACACUUAGGCAAGACACCAAUGCGGCUUUUUAUCAAGCUAUGAGUGUCAACUCCAUCGUUAACCAGCCGCCGGAGCCUAUGUUGACAUUACCAAGCACAGAUGUUCCAUUGCCUUUGGUUUCACCUGAUGAAGCUCUCGACGUUCGACCUGUGCCGCUACGUGUUGGACUGAGAGAGCAAGCCACCACCGAUGUGUCGAAAGAAAGGAAAAAGGGGAAACAAACCCCUCUCGCUGCACAGAGAGCAAGGACUAAGAAAAUGACAGUAAAAGAUUUCAGCGAGCAUUUUCAUCUCCCAAUCGAAGCAGCGGCGAAUGAGAUGAAGGUGUGUCCGACGGUUAUGAAAAAGAUCUGUCGGGAAGGAGGCUUGAUGCGGUGGCCUCACCGUAAGAUAAAAAGUCGCCUGACAAAAAUCGAAACAUUGAAGAAGAUUUUGUUAAGCACGGCUAAGGAAGGUGAAGAGAAGGCUCGUAUUGAAGCUGAGAUUGAGAGGCUGCAACGUGAUAUCGAGAGGAUCUGUAGCGACGCACUAAAGAAUGCGAAGUGAUUUUGUUUUUCAUUCAAAUUUUGGGAUUUCUUUUAUUGAAAGAUUUAGUUAUUUGAAAAAGAGAAAAAAAAAAACGUUUUGGUGCACUUAAGCUGCCUUGUAUUGUGGGUAGCUAGUUGUGUAAUAGAAUCACAAAAGU